CCUCUCCUUCAUAUACAUUAUACGCUCUCAUACCCUCAAGCCGUAGCAACUAACACAAACCAACAGACUGAAAAGCCUGAAUCGUCAGCUGGUCCCUUAUUUAAUCUUGAACUGCUUGAGACCUGCAUCCCCAAGCCCCUGAGCCCCUGAGUCCUGAGUCCUGACUCCCCCUGACUUCCCCUCACUUCUCCUGACAGCUCAACAAUGCCGCUCUUGUCCCAGACGACGAACAACGCCUGCCCAACCUGUCUGUCCCUUCUUCUCAAAGACGACUACGUCGACAAUGGUCUCCGUAUACCCUUGUCCGAGCUCCGAGCAUCGGCAACCAGCACAUCCCCAUGUUCUGCCUGCCUCUUGUUAUGGCAAGCCGUCUGCACCGGCAUGAAGCCACCAACACAGAGACCUGACAUGGCCUACCGGUCGAUGCGGCUCGAAGGCAGACCUCUAACCUACUGGGAUCCAUUGGUUAUUCACGUCUAUCCUGAUCGUGUUGCGUGGGGCAAGACUGUCCAGACGCUACAGUUAUACAUCACCAACGAUGACAAGCCCACGCCCUGGAAGCUCAUCGGCAGAGGAUACCACAUUUCCGAGCACGGCUUGUCAGAUAACUGUGUCUCCCUGGCCCGCGAAUGGCUCGACAUGUGCGUCAACACAAAGGGAAAACACAAGAACUGCCCCCCCGUCAGCAUCCCAGAACUGCCAACCCGCGUAGUCUUCGUCGGCGACCACCACUCCACCGCACCCCGACUCGUACUAUCCUCACCCGGCCAGCGAGCCCACUACGCCGCCCUCAGCCACUGCUGGGGCGGCAGCACCCCGACCAUGACCACAACAGACAACCUCCACCUGUACACCGUCUCGUUGCCCACCGACCAACUCCCCCGGACCUUCCUCGACGCCAUCAAAGUUGCCAGGGCUCUGCGCAUCGAGUACAUCUGGAUAGACUCGCUCUGCAUCGUCCAAGACUCGCCCGAGGACUGGCAGCGCGAGGCGUCCCGGAUGGCCCAGGUCUACGCCAACGCCCACGUCACGAUAUCGGCCGACGCGGCAGCCGACAGCGCGGCAGGGUUCCUCGACGCCCCGUCCCGGCAAGUGCCCGCGACAUUCACCCUCCCGUACAAGGAAAGCGUGGGGGCUCCGGGUCCCGGCGUGGCGCACGUGCGACAGAGGGGGUUCCUGGCCGAAGAGCUGCCCUUCCACACCUGGACGUCGAGAAACGAAGACGAAGACGAAGACGGGAGAGACAGCGACGCCGACUCGGGCCGCAGCAAGCUGUCGACCAGGGGCUGGGUCUUCCAAGAGCGGCUCCUGUCGCCGCGCACGCUGCAUUUUGCGAGGAACGAAAUGGCGUGGGAGUGCAGGUCGGUCUGCGAGUGCGAGUGUUCGGCCACGUCCCUCCGCACGCUGCGCACCAGGAGCGUCAUGAAGCACUUCCUGCAGCCUCCCCAUAACGAGGGCGAUGCAGAUUCCAAUGCGAACAGGAAUGGGAAUGUGUCCUCCGCCGAGAGCAGCUGGAGGGUCGAUAUCAUCCCGGCCUAUACGCAGCUCGACCUCACCGUCCAGACGGAUCGGCUCCCCGCCAUUGCCGGCCUCGCGCAGGCUGCCGAGACGCUGAGACGCAAUGAUCGGUAUGUGGCUGGCCUGUGGCGGAACAGCUUGCGAGAUGACCUUCUCUGGGCGGUCUCUGUAAAUGCCCUCGGCAAGACGAGUCGCCGCAUUGUGGGUGGCGGUGCGCCGACGUGGUCCUGGGCUUCCGUCACGGGGAGUAUAACGUAUCACAUCAAGUCUGGGGCGGAAAUGGACCCCGGACUCUCUGUCCUGGACGUCGGAGUCUCUGCAGAAGGACUACGCACUUCGCCCGUUCUGUCUAUCCGAGGCCAUCUGAUCAAAGUAGACCUAGGAACCCCGUGGUCACACAAUAUGGCGAACGCGACCCCGGACAUCGGACUCACGGUAGUUCGGGACGUACUCAACAUGACGGAGGACAUUGAGGAUCUGGCCAAGGCAUCAUGUCAUUACGGCUUGAUUUUCGGUUCAAGCGCAAAAGGAAAUGGCCCUUUUGGUCUGCUGCUCAGGGGGGGGGGGGAUCAGAAUCUAAUCAGCAGUGGCCAGCCAGACGGAUCGAGAUCAUCUGGUGUAAACAUGAAGACACCGUUUCGGAGAAUUGGAUACGUUCAAGGGUACCGCGCCGCAAGACGAAUUCGGCGCUGGGGGAGCGGUGGCUGGGAUAGUGACAGCGAUGAUUUUUUUGACGAGAACGAUCAUGGGCCUGUAUUCACCCCGGGCGGAAUGAAAGAUGAGAAGAGGCAGAGAUGGCUGGAGGGGGUCUUGCAAGGGGAGACUACCACACUAAAGAUCGCCUAGAUGGAUUUGAGGCGCCUGGUUCAACAGAUGUGCAGUCUUGGCUGUCGUGGCUGUCGUUGAUGCAGUUCGGGAAGUCGACUGAAAUAGGGGCUGACAGCACAACACAUACAUGUAACAUAAGGAUCCCCUGAUCUCAACUGGCUGCUAAGAGUUGAAUAUAGUAUCGCUACAACUAUGCGUCUAUUUCACUCACGUAGGCCUCCCAUCCUCAUAACGCACCACAAAAGACUUGGUCUGCAAAAUAGCCCUCUCGCUGUGAUCAUCCCCAAACCCCUGCACCGUCGCCUCCUUGCCCCCCUGGACACUAACCGACACGGCACCCGCAUGCCGCCGCCGCCGCCGCCGCCGCUGCUGCUGCUCCUCCUCCUCC